GGAAAUAAAUCGGCAACUGGAAACUCUUAAAGGCCGGGGCCCACCAGCUGACUCGAGCCAGCCAGAAUCUGCGAGUCCAGCCGAACUGGAGUCAUUGAAACAGUCACGUUUUAGCAGUCUACGUGUAAGGUGUGCAUCUCUUUGCCUCCCGCUUCUCGUCAGUCGAUCUUGUAAACAAAAUGAAUGACGAUGUUUAAGUUUGAUCAAUCCAAAUACAUUUUAUGUUAUAUUGUGUAAAUUGAUAGAAUUCAACCGGUAUUGUCGACCGUGAUUUAAAGAAAAUGGUUUAAGGGAACUAUAGACUGUUGUUUUCCUCAAGAGCAGCGGGAAGGGAAGAAUAAAACCCGUCGGUCGAGUGAUCGACUUCGUCAGGAAAAGGUGUAGGCGCGUCUGUGAUUCCAGGAUUAGCCAUCAGAUAUCAGACCACCAUCUUCUGCUCUGCCCAAGAGAUAUCAGAGGGCUCCCGCCUCCCCUGGAUAUUGCUGACGACGCCCCUAGGUUAAGAACCACUGAGCUAAACCUAACUUCUGAGGGUCCACAUCAAACUUCUCGACCCAUUCAGCACUACAGCUUAAACCAGGGCCUUUGCAGACACAAAAAUGGAACCAUCCCGUCAUUUUCAAAGACUUGGAAGGAGGACUGCUCAUCGUAUAUGUCCCAGAUGUUGUUGCUACUCCUGAACCAUCAUGAACUUCGGCAACAACGAGGACCUCGUCAUUUUAGACACAACUAAGUACUUCUGGAUCACGUAAUGUCGAUGGGCUGGGGAGGCAUGGUGGUGGGACCUGGAUGGUGGGGUGCAGGUGGGAGCAACAAGACAGCAGUCCAGCUGCUACAGGAAAGUAAAUCCCGUUAUGUCAAAAGCGACCAUGUCCUGGGCACGCGUCAGUCGCCCGCGAGACCUGAACGUCUGCAGAUAUCUUCAAACCCGAAUAUAUUUCUUAGUGCUCCAUCACAUACACUCCACGUAUCACGGCCAUCACCAGCUCCAGAAAGGCGUCAUGCCCUAGGAGAUCAGAGUAAUGUUAUCAAUUCCGGAAUAUCGCCAUCACGUCCAAUGCCCCCUUCAGGCCCCUCUUCCUUGGGUGCACAGCCUCCACCAUUGCCUGCUCGCUCACCCCGUGUGACACCACGCAUCAGAGGCCGAGGGCCGGAUGGGCAGAACUGUCGUAGUGGUGAUUUGAGGAGGUCUCUCUCUCAUGGUCCGGGUGACAAAGGGGAUGAUGUUCAAAUGAAAUUACGCCGCCUUCUUAAUACAGAUUCGAGGGAGAAUUUAGCAUCCCAUCUAACGUCACCCAGUGAAUCAAAUGCCAAAAUCCCCCCACCAACCCCACGAAGGAAUAUUAAGUCUUCUCCUUCGGGUACUUUUCGUGCUGAGCCUGCAACUGUCACUGCACAUAAGUCACUGCCUGACUUGAAUCGAGCAUCGUCACCUGCAGUGGAAACGGAUUCUGAAGGAGGUACUAGUGGACGUCGUCGCCCUUCGUGUCCAGGUGCAAUACCUUCAGUAUCUGUACCCCCAGAUCCUCCUCCUCGACCACCACGCAUGUUUCGUGACCCCCCUCCACCACCGGAACGUUCCCCUGAUAGGCCACCAGCAAGACCACCGCCACCUCAGGAGCACUGUACUCGGCAUCUGUCGCGUGCUUCUGCUUCUGCUGGAACACUCAUGCCAAAUGAUGGUCGCCGUUCUUCAGACAGUGAUGUGUCUGCUUAUGGGGCAGCUGGAAGUGGAGUUAGUAAUAGUGAGGAAGGUAGGAGGAGGCCCAUUCUAAGAUCAAGGUCUGACGUGACUCAUGAACGAGGACGAUGGGAUGAAGAUUUUCGUCCAUCCUUAGCCCCUUUGGACUUGGAAGCUUUCUUUGAGUCAAUGGGCUUAGACUCUGUCACGUAUCGUCAGGUCAAAUCUCCACCAGCGUCUCCUCAUUCACCUCCAGUAUAUUUUGAAGAAGUAUCUUCUGAAGAAUCUGGGCCACUUGGGGGCCGACGUGGUAGCUCAGACUCUGAUGAUGGGCGAAGAAUAUCGGGGCCAGGACCUGGGCCACCUUUGCCCCUAAGGGGAACUGGAGAGCCCUCUAUUGUCGAAAAAAAUGCACGUGUGAUUAAGUGGCUGUUUAACUGCCAAAAGGCACAGGGCACGUAUGUUUCACGAGUUGCUUCCACCAAGACUUAGCCAUAAUAUUGGCAUGCCCUAUAUAGUACUUACUAGUCUGCAGCCAUCUUUAAUUGUGGGUGGAAAAAGAGUGAUGUGAAUACUGUCAUUUGUUCGCAGUGUAUUGCUGUUUUUCCUCAUCUCCACAGUCUUUACUUGGCUGUUUUACUGUGAUAAUCUGUGCAACACCUCAUCAUUUUACUGUUCAGUCAGCCCUCUCUGAUCCUAUAGGUCAUAAGUCACCACAGUAUAAUUGAAGGGAUCAGCGGAUAUCUGGUAACAUGGAUGCUUCAUUUUUAGUUGUAAGAGAUUCAUAUUACAAAAUCAAAUAUACUGUUGUUGGAGUGGUGUUCACUAAUGAAAUAUUAAUCAUUCCAAGUAAGUUAGUUAUGUUGUUCACAACAGCUAUUUAACAGUGGUAUCACAAACUAUUUAUUUACUUAGUAAUGUCAUUUAAUGGCAAGUAGAUAGCACAGCAUUCCAAUGUUGCAUAGAUUCUGUAAUAAUCGGAUUUAGAUCAGGCCAUCAGUAUGUUUCAACAUCCUAAUAAUUGAGUUUAGUAUUGUCCUGAUUAGCUGUCACUCAAGUAUGGAUUUGCAAUUUGACUGUUUUGUGCAGUUCUUUCUACACUGUGAUGUAUUACGUAUAAUUUUCUGGUUAUAAAUCCAUUCAAAGGUGAAUUGAGUUAAGUAAUUAUGAAAUUCAUGAAAUGAGCUCACAGAACAGAAGUGAAAAUGUGCUUCAAGACGAUGUGGGAAUUGAAGUCUUUAGUGAUAGAAAAGUUGAAUGGAAAUGUACAGUCCAGAUAUAUUUGGUAGUUUUGUCUUUGUAUCUUUUUAUACAUGAUUGUGAAUAUGUUUAGCCUCAACUUUUUGGAGGACAGAAUCGAAUUUAUUGAUAGAUGUUCAUACAAAUUCGAAUAACAGAACCUUAAUACCUGGCUAGACAGGUUCACAGAGUGCUGAUCUCUGGUGAGAUGAGCUGAAUGGCAGUAGGAGGAACAAGGUCUCAUGUUGUUGAAAUUUAUAUUACUGUACAAUAUUCUUGGCUCAGACUCAUCUGAGAUGGACAGGUGUAGGGGUGCUGUUGUGAUGGCCAUCAGUAGAGAAAGUGGUAUUAUCCCACAUGAGAACAGGGCAUAUCUUGAGUGUCAGUAUUGUGACACCCUUUGUGUGCCGCUUCCCUUUUGUAGAUGAAACGUCCAAUAUUAAUCAACUGCUAAUGGAUGAAGGUAUUGGAAACAAAUAAUUUGUUGUUUAGCAAAACUUCAGUAUUCUCUGUACGUAUCUAAUUUUGAUUUAAGAAACCUAUAGGCAAGCCCUUUUAGAGAUCAGAUUUUUACACCAGUGGUCUGGUUAAACUGCCAUUACUGAUAUACUGGCAGUACCAAGAAGAGAACAUUUGACAAAUGAGACUUGAGGCUUACCCAUGGUAGUAUCAAGAGGAGACAUUUUUUGAUUUAUGAGACUAGUAGGUUAUCUUCCUAAUUGCCACACUGCUCAUUUAACCAGCAGAUUGGUAGUCAAAUUGUCAUAAAAUUGAACACUUUUAGUAAAAGCUAAGCUUUGGAGCCUAAAUGUGGAUUAAUAUUUGACAGGUUCUCAAAAAUAUUUGCUUGUUCAAAACAAAAAAAUUCUGCAUUACAUUCCUUAUUGUAUUUACUGUGAUUUUAUCAAUUUUACUAUUUUUUGUAGUUUUUCAUGGAAACUGAGUUUGCUAAUACUGUAUUUAAUUUAUUGUCAAUGUUAAGAGAACCAAUAUCAUAUGAACAUCACUUCAAAAUUUAACAUUUCUACAUUGGACACCGAGUAUCAUAAAUGUGUUUUUUUAUAUAAAUUUUUUGCCUAAACAAUAAUUGCUCAUUUCCAGACUCAAACUAGUCUUCAUGUCUAUGAAGGAAUUUUUAAGUUUUUUGUAACUCGAGUGAAAAUGUAAGAGAAAUGUCUCUCCCCAACAAACUAUUAGUAAGACUAGUUAAGUCUUUCCUGUGUUAUUUAAAGUCAUGUGAAUCCUAAGACUUAAAUCUGGAAAUAUUUUUGAUGGAGAGGUUGGACUAAUAAUGUUGUAAGACUUGAUAAUAUGAUUCAAACAACAAACUAAUGGAAGUGCGAACAAUCACUGCCCUUUGCCUUUGGAAGUACAUUUAUGUACCCUGUACGGUGAUUAACACUUAGGCUGUUGAAUUCAUACAUUUAUAGUAUUUUUAUAAUUCUGGAUGAAUACAGGAUUGUGAAAGGUCUUGAAUCUCUCGUUAAAGUAUUUAGUACUUAUGAGGAAUUUUGAUAUGUGCAACUGAAGUAUAAAGUGUUACAAGAGUCUAUUGACGACUCACUUCAAUUAUAGUGGAGUUUGUGCGUUGUUGACCUUUUUAAGUUAGGAUUAGCCAGGACAGACUGUCGGUAGCUUCCGUAUUCAUACCCGGUGCCCCACUGAUAACCAGCUAGUCAGAGUAGCCUCGGUCCCCUAAACUUUGUUACAUUCUUACCAAAAAUGUCAACGGGUACCAGAGUUGAAGCGUAUUUGGUUUUUGAGACACUUAAGUUAUAAGGAAUUCAAGUGCAUUAUACCCUUAUCUGUAGUUUGAUAUUGGUAUCAAUGGCAAACAUGACUUUCCUUCAUCCAAAAGGUAUAUAUUAUGGUACCCUUUGUCUGUGUUUCAUGUAGGCUCUAUGAAUAAGUUUAACACAGUACCAUAGAUGUCAAACCAAUAGCAUGGAUGGCUUAUGUAUCCAGAAAAUGCCAUGGUGAAAAAAAUAAAAGGGGUUCUAAACUAAAUAAAAGAUAUCAAAUGUUUUUAGGCAUUAGGUCCUCCUUAGUUUUACCAUAAGAGGUUACAGCUAGAUACAUGAACAUAGCCCUGCACUUAAUCCAAGUCUCAAAAGUAGUAGUAAUAGUAGGUUGCAGUACUGCUCGUUAGCAUCGUCAUGUUUUUCCCCUGUUCUCUCACCCCUUCGUUUAAACAGCAGCACUGAAUUACUUAGCAGUUGCAGAUAGGUGUUCUGUCUGUAUCCAUCCUUUGUUGACUGAUUCUUUUGCGAGUUACAGUAUUUUCAGGUGAGCUAUAUAAUAUACAAGUUUGCAAUCAUUUCUUGGCAGAUUUAACAUAGUUAAGAUAAAUGUCCCUGCAGACAGCUGCUUCAGAGUUAAAUAAUUGUGCAUUUGUAGGUGUCUUGAGUAGCAAAAUUUUAAAAGUACAAUUAUGCUUUUUAGGCACACACACUGGAUUUAGAAGUACUGUAUUAUGUCAAUCAUGGACAGGAAGUUUUGAGUACUACUGUAGAGAAAUUAGAGGGUGCCUAGUUUUUGUACCUCUCCUAACACUGGAUGCAUUAUUUCAGACUUUGAUUGCCUGAGUGGCAUCUGGACUGCUUUCUAGUUAUAUUGUAGCCAAAACUUAAAACCUUUCAUUUGGUACAAAAUAGCUUUAUUUGUUGUUCCAGAGUUCAUACAAAGACCCAGUAACUUGAGGUAAUUCAUGAAUGUUUGUCUAUGAUAUCACUGAUUGUUUAAAUAACCUUGGACAUCGAAGUGAGAAGGCACUUUUGCCAACGUAAACUUAACUAACCAAGCCAUUAUGAUUUCCAUCUUGUCUUUUAAUUGUGGUAGUAGAGAGAGACAGUAGCAAGGGAAACUGGAACAUUGAAGGAUGAUGCUCUCCUCUGGUCAUAUUUUUACGACACUGCGAUGCUCUAUUGUACUGUACUGGUUUGGUGAAGGUCUGGCAGCUAGAAAGGUAGAUUUCUACGUAGAGGUAUUUGAUGCGAGGUGCUCAGAAAUUGUUUCCCUGCUUCAAGAGGUGCAUAUAGAUGAAUAUAUAUAUAUACUACUAUAAACUAUAUAUUGUUCAGUCGUGAUUUUUGUAAAAAUAAAAUUGUCUUCUAUUGUUACACCUGUAUCUCAUGAAAGAAAACUAAACAAAAGCAGCUGUUCAUGCCUACUAUUGUAGAAGAAAUGUGUAGUGUGUUGAAAAGAUGAAGUGUCAUGUAUUCCUAAAAUGUAAUGGUAUUGUACACAUUUUUGAGAAAAUUAUUUACUCUUUAAAGUGAGUUCAUACUAGGAGACCAGUUUAGUUUAUAGAAAUACUGCUUUGUAUUAAAAUGAUUUUUGAACUAUGAUACCUGAAAGCACUGGAAUGUAAGUUAUCAACAUUGCAUCAAGAAAUAAUGGAAGUACUGUAUGCAGUGAUUUUUUUAAAUCUCAAGAGACUCAUAAUUCAGAGUACAACUAUCUUGCAAUGAUUAAUCAAGUUGAAAAUAUUAACCAAAGGAAGUAAAAUGGUCAUGUAGUGAAGUAAAAUGGUCAUGUAGUGAACUCUGCAACAUUAUACUUCUUUAUUAAUUUUGUGUACAAUUUCCAAAGAACUCCUUACAAUAUCCAUACACAUAAGGAUAACAAUUACAGGUAUGUCCUUCCACUCUAGACGUUGAAACUGUCAAGGAAAGAAAAAAAUUGGUAGUUAACUGAGAAGUUAAAUUCAUAACAUAGUCAUUUUAGUUCCAUGCAAUGGUAACUGCAACCUUCAGUUGAGUUCCAAAACAUUUAUAUGUAAAAGUCUGUGAAAGGUAGCAUGUCUCAUAUAUUUUGUAGUGACAACUUCAUUAACUGAUCAGUGAAUCUGUCAAAUCAAAGGAAGUAUAAAGUUCUCAAGGAAGUAUAAAUUUCUCACAGAAUUUAAGAAGUUAAAAAUGUCUGAUGUGCACCACUUGUGUUGCACUGUCAAGUUUUGUAGUUCAUGAAUGUAGAGGGUAUAUCCUUUCAUGUUCAAGUACUCAAGUUCAAGUUGCUUAACAUAUAUUUAGGAUUAGUUUGUCAAUACUAACCAUAUUUAAUAAUGUGAGCUGAGUGACAAUAUACCUUAGAAACUUUUCAUUUUAAACACUGCCAGUUAAAGAAAUAUUUUGAAUACUGUACUCUGUACGUUGAUUAUUUCAUGAUAAUUUACACAUUGGUGCUUCAUUUUCUACUGUAUUACAGAAUUAACUUCAAAACCUUUCAUUUUUGUGUUCAGUAACAACUUGUAUAUUUGUAAUGUUCUAUUAUCAUAGUGUAUUUUAGGGUUGUGAUAUCUCUUAAAAGUAGCUAUUCAUAACAGUAGUCUACUUUGUUUAAACUUGGUUACGUUACUGUUACAUUUCAGAUCCUUUUUGAUAAUUUCAGAUUUUUUUACCAUUUUUGUAGCUUUUGUUUUUUCUUUAUAAUUACAAAAAUUUUGUUGACCACUUUCCCAAUGCUGAAAGUAUAAGAUGCUCAAAGAACACCGUAAUACUGAUAUAGGAGCCUGAGACUUCAUAAUACUGAAAUUUCAAAUAACUUAGGUUGUAACUCAGGAAUGUUUAUUAUCACCAAAGAAUGAAAACAGAAUUCAAUAAUUGUACUUUAUAUGAAUUUAAUGUUGUAUGCUUUUUUGUGUUCUUACAAUAUACGAACCUUUGUUGUUAUGCUUGCACCAACAUGCUUCUUGAAGGAUGGAAGAACUGUGAACCAGAUACAGUGUACAUUAGUUGCUAAAACUAACUAAGCAGUGGCUGGGAAUGAGGGAUAUGUUAACCACCCAACCUGACGUGACUCUUCAUGAGUCAUAGUCAUUACAUUGACUUUCCUUCAAUUUUUUUUUUGAAGGAAAUUUGUAUCAAUUGCCAUCUUGGCCAUUUUUGGCCAGUGAUGAGUGAGAUCUUAGCCUCCCAACUUGACACGAGUGGCAGCAACCUUACACAAGUCAAACCCAUUCAUUCCCUCAGCUUUUUCUUCUCAAGGAAACUUACAUAUAUCAAUUGUCCCUUUUCUUGGAUAUUGUUGGUGUGGUACACAUUUAUGGAAACCAGUCAAACUUCUGCUGGUGCCAAGUGAGAUCUUAAGACUCCUAACUCACCAGUCAAACUUCUUAAAUUCCUUCAACUUUCUGUUUGAAGGGAACUUGUACCAACUGAUGCAAGUUUACAGAGAUCAGUCAAGACUCUGCCAGCUGUGCUCGAGCUUCAAGUAAUGACUUGACAUUCUUUAGUAUCAUUUUAAGGCACCAUCCUUGGAACCAGAUGCGAGAUGUUUGAGUUUGCUGAUUUAAUUUCCUUCUACAUUAUACGAUCAUCACAAAUAAGUGCAUUAUAUAGAAUGUGAGGUUAUUUUUCUGGCAUAUUUCUCCCCAUUCACAAACAGUGCACAUGUUGUCAGUAAAACUUUUUUUUAGACCACUUUCACCACAUAUGUGGUGUCCUUGGUAUAUCUUUGAGAUGGGUAAGGGUACCUGGACUUUCCUAUUGGCUUCAGAUGGUUGCUGUUAACAAGCAACAUAUUCUGUUAACAAGCAACAUAUUAUAGGGGUCAGGAAUUUUCUGAAUAGGAUGUAUACCAGGAGUUAAUCAUAGUUUAUGUUUGGAACCAAAGCAGGUGAAUUUACAUCAGCUGGGAGUGGAAUGGUGCAGUCUGGACCCCUCAAUUAUUGUUCCAGUUGGAGAAUUGGCUGUGUUAGCCAGCAACAAUCAUACUUUUGUUCUGACUGGAAGUAUGGAAAACUCAUCUAAUUACAGUACUAAUGGACUGUAUUUUAACUAGUAUGCACAAGUAUGUACUCUAGUUGGCUGGUUAAGAAAAAGCCACUUUAUACAAGAAAAAUUUAAGGUGAGUACAUAAAAAACAGGAGCUUUUGACAUUCACUAAGGUCCUCUUCAGCUGUACUGAGAAAAAAUCACAAAGUUUACAGACAUAAAAGUACAAAUACCAAAUUUUUAAAAGUGGCAAUUAAAAUGGAAACUGUCAGUCUGGGGGUUUUCCUUGAGCAUCAUCAUUUCUUGAAGGAGUCUUCUUCUUAUUGUAUAGUUAAUUAAGUUGUUUGCUGGCCAAUUGUAUUUAGAUUAGCUGUCAGGCAUAUUAACUGGUGAAUAAUAUCUUCGGAGGUGAAGGCCUUGUGUCAUUGGAAAAUAUCCAACUGUCUGAUGAGUGCUCCCGCUACUAUUCUUUUAUUAGUAUUAUGUGACUUGCGGAUAAUCUUUGCCUUUUCUUAACCAUAUGUGACUUGCAGAUAAUCUUUGCCUUUUCUUAACCAUUUAAGACAAACAUGAAUAUGUUUCCUCAUCACUGAACUUUUUAGUUGUUACUGAUGUUUCAACUCUGUGGGUUGGUUUUAGUUUGUACUGAUGUUUCAACUCUGUGGGUUGGUUUUAGUUGGUACUGAUGUUUCAACUCUGUGGGUUGGUUAUGAUCGAUGCUGGUUAGGAUCAAUGCUGGUUUACAUCAUGUGGCAAUAUCCACUUGCUAGGCUACAGCCUUAGUCUUGAAUGUAGGUAUGCCUAGUUGGUACUUUUGUUUCAACUCUGUGGGUUGCCUAGAAUCAAUGCUGCUUUACAUCAUGUGGCAAUUCAAUGAAUGCCAUCGAAUCCACUUACUAGGCUUCAGCCUUGGUCUUGAAUAUAGGUCUGCCUGAAGUGUUGGUUCUGCCUUUGAAGUCAAGUACUAGAAUGCCUGAAAACACAGAAUGCUAAACUACUUUGGGAGCUUCUGCUUAAUUAAUAUAAUACAGUUUUGACGAGUGGCUCAGUACAUAAUAUCCUUUUCAUCACCUGGGAACAGAUCUUGGGCAACCAGCUGAUGUUAACAUUAUGGAUGCCUGGCUUUGCCAAAGAACUGAGAGCCCCAUUUCUUCCUGCAGAUUGUGUUCCACAGAAAAGAUUAAAAUUCCUAUAGACCUUUUCCACUGUUUUGGUAUAAUUAAGUAAGAUACUGACCAGUUUCUUCUUCAUACGUACUUUAUUGAUAGGCAUGGACUUACUAGUUUAGAAAUUAUGCCUUUGUCCUUGGCUACAUUGAGUGUGAUAACACGGUAUAAGCACUGCCUCAAUAUUGUCACAAGUUCUCUAUAAUCUCAAAUGGAUAGGAAUUGGUUUCAGGUGGCCAAAGGGGUGGAAGAAUAUACCUGUAGCUAUGAUGGAUGAUUGUCAUCACUUGAAAGCUUACAGUUAGCCUUCCAAAUAUUAACUGUAUGGAGUUGUGGUCUUUAACAAGCCCAGGAUUUAUUGAACAUGUCAGAAGGGACAUGGCUUCAUAUCUUGAAAAGCAAUGCCAAGGUGAAAGUUCAUGUAUUCUAACUUUCCUGUGCCCAGCAUCAUCUGGAGCAUAUACUACAUUGGUCCUUAUUCUAGACUAAUUUGGUGCUGUACCCAUUGUCACAAAUCCAGUUCUUAAGGAUACUGGGGAAUAUUAAAUAUCUUCUAGAGGGGGUUCAUCCUAUCAAUUUUCUUCAAGUCUGAUUAGGUGCAGUAACCAUUAUCACAAAUCUAUUUCUUGCUGAGCAGUGAAGUACAAUGUGGCAGCUUCCUCAUCAGAUAACAUUUUGAAUGGCUGUGAUAACAUAAUCAUUAUCACAAACUUAAUUACUCUAGGGCACUGAAGAACAACUUAGCAACUUCAUCAGUUUUUCUCUACAGUAACAUCACACAUGAGGCUUGCAAGAAAAGUUCCUUUCUAAUCUGGUCCCACAACUUGACAGUUCAGGUGUAUGAACCAAAUGUUAAGCCUUUGUUGUAAACAUUUGUAGGAUAUGCUGGCUUGCCUUUACCUGUACAAACAAUCUAGUUAAUAGGAGCUUCUGGGUAACAUUUCUACACAAACCUCUUCACAGCCAAAGAUACUUGAGACUAAUGAACCAUGGUUAUUGCAAUCUGGGAAACCUGCUGGCUCACUACUCCCUUCACAUCCGUAGCCCAUAUGAAUUGGGUGUAAAGUCACUGGCUGGGGCACUGACAUCUUGGUUAUCCUCUAGUUGCAAUCUAUAUAAACAGCCUCCUCACCUUGUGGAUAACAAUAAGUAGGUACUCACUUGACUAUUAAACGUGAGUGUCCUAGCAAUAAUAUUGGCAUUUGGCCCUUCAUUGCUCAGCUUCUUAAUAAAGAACCAAUCUCUUAUGUUUCUUUGACCUAACUGCACUACACUUGCCAGAAAUUUUCUCAAAGUUAACAGCACUCAUAUAGUCAUAUUGAUAUGUACAUUUAAUUACUUGGAGACUCGCAACCCACUGGAAAUUGUCCAAAGUUCCUCAAGAAUAGUCAUUGAGGGAUUUAGCAAGUUUCUUUUUCAUUUGUUCACUUGAGAAUGAGUCCACAACUGUGCAAGUGCUGAAAAAAAACACAAUACGUAAUCCUAUCACACCCAACAAGUGGGAUACCUAUCUGAUCUUCCAACACUGAAAUAAAAGUACUAAUGUCCUUUACUUGAGCAAUUUUGCAAGUAUACAUAGUGUGUUCUAUAUGAAGCAAAUUAUAAAUUAUGUAUCUUAAGGCACAGGUAUUUUAUGUAUUAAAGGCAUUGCAAUUUUGAAUAACUUCUGUUGCUUAAGUCAAAAUGGUAGUACCAUUACAAAUAGUGAAAUCUUGGAAAAGCUGUUAGUGAUACACAAAUAAUCAACAAUGAGAUAAGGUUACACAAACACGUUCAGAUAAAGUUUAUCACCAAAAUAAAAUACUCAUACAUUUGCUAAUUGUUUUGCUUUACUGUUUAUCUGUAUCACAUGCAUGUAUACUUUUUAAUAAGACUGCACAGACACUUCUGAUCACAUUAAUUGUACUCUACACUCACAUAUACACAGAGUAGUGCCACUCUUUUUCUCUACUGUAUCUUUAUAUCAAAUGCAUGUAAAAGAUAUCACAUGCAUGUAUGGACUUCUCCUAAGGCUGCAUCAAUAACUGUAACUCUACUGCUGUACUUUCCAUCACACUAACUGCACUAGGAAACCCUGAAUUGAAUGCUGAUAAUAUUCAGAGUUAGUUAUAAUUGAACACUGCGGCCAAGAGUAAGCAUGAAUCAGCUCAUUUUGUCAAAUGUACUUGUCUAAUAAUACUGUGUUGUAAAUAGUUUCUAGUUUCACAAUUCAUUCUGUUGACAUUUGAGGCUUUUUAAUUGUUGUAGUAAAUAGAUUUUAACAACCGAUCAGUAUUUAAGUAUUUGUAUUAAUGUGUUUAUAUUGACUUUUACAGUGAAUUUAUAUUAUGUAUGAUGUCUUCAAUAAAUAAUGAAAAUUAA